AUGAAUCUCCUGGAAGUGGCAGAUUUCUACAUUGGACGAAUUCUAUCGUCGCAAGCCAAAAGUGGGACUAGCGUGGUACAACAAUCGCGAGUCAAGGCUAUGUUACUAGAUAAAUGGACAGUGGGAACAAUUUCGAUGUGUACUACCCAAACUGAGUUGCUAGAACACGAAAUUUAUUUGGUGGAGACUAUUGAGAAUCAAGCGAGGGAUACGAUGCGACAUUUGAGAUGUUUGGUGUAUGUUAAGCCAACAGACGAAACUAUAGGAUUUUUGGUAGACGAAUUGAGAAACCCGCGAUAUGGCGAGUACUAUAUUUUUUUCAAUAACACCAUCAGUAAGUCGCAAUUGGAGAGACUAGCGGAAGCAGACGAUUUAGAAGUUGUUAGUAAAGUGGAAGAGGUGUUUCAAGAUUACGAGAUCAUCAAUUCGGAUCUUUUUACCAUGGGAUCAGUCCCAAAUUCACCACUUUUCAGAAAUCGGAUGAUGUGGGAUAGCAGCGGACUCGAAGAAGUGACAAGCUCACUUAUUUCGGUUCUUUUGUCGCUAAAAGUCAGGCCACAAGUGCGAUAUGACGUGGGGAGUAAACUCGGUAUGAAAUUGGCACAAAACGUGGUUGAACAGGUGAAGAAAAAUGACAAGAAAUUGUUCGAUUUCCCAGUUCAGGAUUCGACGCCCAUGCUCCUGAUAUUGGACCGUGCAAGUGACGUGGUAACGCCACUUUUGCAACCCUGGACAUAUCAGUCUCUGAUCUACGAAUACAUUGGUAUAAAGCGAAAUAUUGUUGAUCUAUCAGAUGUACCGGGGCUCGAUGAAUCCUUAAAGCAGGUGGUAUUAUCUCCAAAGCAAGAUGGAUUUUUCCGGGAUACUAUGUUUUUGAAUUUCGGGGAUUUAGGUGAUCGCAUCAAGCAUUACGUGUCAAACUAUAAAGAUAAAACUAAGGCAAGUAACCAGAUCAACACCUUGGAAGACAUCCGACAAUUUGUAGAGAAAUUUCCUGAGUUCAAAAAAUUGUCAGGAAACGUUUCGAAGCAUAUGGCGAUUGUCGGGGAAUUGGAUCGUCAGCUACAACUGAGGCACAUUUGGGAUAUUAGUGAGAUCGAGCAAAACAUUUCGGUACACGUAGACGACUCGGAGGAUUUCCAAGACUUGCUCAACCUCGUUGGGAACUCGGAAAUUGAACCUUUCUAUAAAAUGAAGCUCGCUUGCAUUUUUGCGGCGCGUACCAAUAACCCGGGUAGGAAAAGCGAACUAGAACAAUUGCUCUCAAAAACUAUUCCGCUUGAAGAAGUCAAUUUCUACCAUCGUUUUAACAGCUUGUUUGUAUCGCGUAAAAGUAAUUCAGCGGUACGGAAGGACAAGGAUGACAUUUUAAGUGAACUCACCAAGAAAUUCAAUCACAAAGCACAUCAAAAAUCAGAGAAUGUCUUUAUGCAGCACAUGCCAGAGUUAUCACAUGUGUUAGACGAUUUACUGAAAAACAAACUCUCUGAUGAGAAAUAUCCUAACUUAGGAGAUCAGCCGAGGGGACCUCCGCAAGACGUCAUUAUCUUUUUCGUUGGCGGUGUAACAUUUGAAGAGGCUAGAGUAGUCCACCAGUUCAAUGAAUCAUUGAAAAAAGGUAACGCACGACUUAGGAUAAUCUUAGGCGGGACUUCUGUUUUGAAUACCAAGGAAUUCAUCUCCUAUUGCAACGAUUUGGCAAACGAUGGGGCUGCUCUAAAUUUGUUGUAA